CUACUUAUCUCUCCUCGUCCCUUUCACUUUCCCUUUGCCGUCUUCAAUCCCCUCAUCUUGGUCUCUUCGGCAGCCUUUCACCAUGCUGUCGUCUCUCCUUAGCCAGGGAGCAGCCGUAUCCCUCGCGGUGUUGUCGCUGCUCCCUUCACCUGUAGCCGCGGAGAUCUUUGAGAAGCUAUCCGGCGUCCCCAAUGGUGAGUUACAGACCCCAAUUCUUCAUUUCGAGCCACAUACUGACGUGAUUCCUUCGAAUACUACCAGGCUGGAGAUACGCCAACAAUCCUCAAGGCAACGAGAUUAUUCGCUUGCAAAUCGCCCUUCAGCAGAACGAUGUCGCCGGUUUCGAACAAGCCGUGAUGGAUAUGUCCACCCCCGGACACGCCGACUAUGGAAAGCAUUUCCGCACCCACGAUGAGAUGAAGCGCAUGUUGCUCCCCCAGCGAGACUGCCGUCGACUCAGUCCGCGACUGGCUGGAAUCCGCCGGUGUCCACAAUAUCCAGGUCGACGCCGACUGGGUCAAGUUCCAUACCACCGU